GCCACAACCCCCUUGGAUGAGAGAGACUUGUAGUAUAUUCCUUGUAGUAUAUCCCUUGUAGUAUAUUCCUUGUAGUAUACCCCUUGUAGUAUAUCCCUUUGUAUGAUGCCCAGAGCACCCCGGGCCUCUCAUUUCUUCCACUUUUGCUUCUGCAGCCCCAGUUAUCUCCAGUUUUUCCUCCUUUUCUUCCCAGCUGGGCAUCUCCUGGCUUCUCCAUCUCAGGAGGCAGGAGCUGGGCUGCUGGAAAUCCCUCCCUGCGCAGGGGCUUUGCUGGUGGAGCUGCUGUGAAACGCUGCACGGGGAUGCAGAAGGGCUCAGGCACUUCCACACCGGCCCCUGCUCACCGGGAUCGAGCGCCUGAGCUGGGAUGUGGCACCACAGCCCUGUGCAUGCAGUACUGGGAUAGCUGGGCUGCUCUGUCUGAAACUGGUUUGAAACUCGAGAGCUGAUGCCUGGGCUGGGGGGGCCUGGCGAGGCGAUGCCCAGGGGCCGGGGGUGCUGCAUCCCGGCCGGGGGAUGCUCCCCAGGAGGGAUUUGCAGCCAGACUCCAGGUGAGGAGGUGUCUGCUGGGGAAGUGUCCCGUUACCUGGGCUCUGCUCCUCUUACAAAACAGCCAUCAGCACUCUGAGAGCAUCAAUAAUUAAAGAUGAGCGGGGUUCGGUAGGAAUGAAUGAAUAAAUGAAUGAAUGGAGCAGUUUGUGAUGCACUGACAUCGGUUUGUUUUGCAGAGGGGUCAGAGCUGCUUUGCGUGGUGACCAGGUUCCUGAUGGUGUGAGGCUGAGGGGGGGGUCUCAGAGGGAUUGUCCAGACACCAACAGGAGUCCGUUUUUGCAAAGCUCCACUGUCCCACACCCCAGGGCACUAAUGACACAGCCCCCUGCUCUGCCAGAGCCCCCUCAGCCAUUACUGGGGCCCAGGGUGGGGAUGGAGGGACUGGGAUCUCAUCCCGGCAUCUCGGAGGGAGGGAAGGAAGGGCAGGUACCGCCGUGCUGAGAGCUGGGCUGAAUGACCCCCAAGCAGACAGGAGAGACCAGGCUGGUCUGAGACCCCCCAGUGACGUUGUGGCAGGGUCAGGCAGGCAGAGAAAUGGGGGGGGCGGGGGAAAUAUUACAGGACAGGUAUCUGGAAAUCCUUCCCUCCCCCGCCUCCAUUUCUUUAACAGCUCUCAGGGUUUCUCCAAAAAAAUGUUUCAAAUUUCAAUUAAAAUUUUCCUUGGAAAUGUUGACCGAAGCAAAGCUGUGGGAGGGACAGAUGUUGUUUUUCUCCCAGCUUUGCUCACAGCUUUAUUCGCUGCUGACCCUCGCUGGCAGCGCUGGGAUGAGUGGCCCAGGCUUCAGCCCCGAUUCCCUGCACGCCCUAAGGGACCCCGUGCCCAAGGGGGGGGGUUCCCAGUGGGGCCAGGGUCCCCAGCCCCCUUCAGUGCAUCCUCAACUGUUCCAGUGCCCUGGCACUGGGAGCAUCCCCAGCUCUGCAGGGAGAGGCUUUUCCUAUCGCGCUGCCCCAGCACAGACACUUUUCUCUAAAGGCUGGGAUGGAGGAGGCUCAGCUCUGUCCCAGAGCAGCCCGGUGAAGCAGCACUGAGCUGGGGAGGGGGCUACACCUGCAGUGGCCAUGGAAAGGCUUUUGCAGGUGCGGGGAGAGCAGAGGGACUGUGCCUGCUCUUUUUUCCCCAUCCCUUUGUUUCUGAAAUUUGCGUGGGCUGGGAGCAGUGGUCUGGGCCAGGCUUUCAGAGCUGUGAGCCAAAGUCUGGGAGUUCAGGGCAGGAGACCUCGAGCACCAGCCCAAGGAGAUGAGUAUGCAAGCAGGCGCAGGGAUGCAGGUAACGCACGAGAGAAAUAUAUAUUUUUAUUAUUUUUUAAUAUAUUUUUAAAAUUUUAAUAGAUAGGGAGACAGGCAGGGAUGGAGGAGAGUAAUGGAGAGCAAGGGUGCAAGAAGCAUCAGGUGGGAGCCCCACGUGAGGAGAGCUGUUGCCCUCCCCAGUGCCAGCUCCGAGGGAUGCUGUGCCGGGAGGUGGCACAGAAAGGUGCAGUGGCUCACCCCGGUCCCACAGCAAGAGCCCGAGGUGACUCCCAGCACAGCCAGCGAUGCUGAAACAUCCGUCCCCACUCCCAGCACCGCAGCUGGGGGCUGGCGGGGUCUCCUUAUCCCCAGCACAGCCCGGCCCUUUUGGGGUGCUGAGCUCCAGUGCCCAUCCUGAGAGCUCAGCACAGCACCAGAUGGGACCUGGAGUCAGAUGCUGGAUUAAAUGAUGAGAGUGGGAUUAUGAGGAUUUAAUCCAGAUCAGUGUCCAACCAGGGUCUGGAGCCGGGGGUUUAUGUACUCGGUAAAUAACCCGUUGUGUUGCCUUGCCCGGGGCUGGGCUUGCCAGCUCCGUGCCAGCUGUUUCCUAAGCUGGCCAGGGUGGAUUUUAGGGGGCCUUUGCCUUGAUCCCCAUCCUGUGGCGCAGCAGAGGAGAUCCAAACAGAUGGGAGCUGGCAAGUCUGCAGUGUGGCCGAGCAACGCGGCUGCCCGGGACCUUCGCAGGGCUCCAUCCCCCCCGUGCAAGGGCGAUGCCCGGCCAGCCCGAGCGUGCUCCGGUGCAUCGUCCCUGCCGAGAGAGCAGGAUGGAACGUGAGCUGGGGGGGUCUGGGGGGCUGCUGCCGGCCCCAGCCCCACAGCAGGAGCUGCCCAGCGCGGCCCGAUUUGCUUCGCCUGGUGACGGCGGGGUCCUGGGGAGAGGCUGAGCUCGGGGCCAGAGGCUGCCUGUGGCAUUAGCACGGUGAGGGUUUAUCCAUCCUGGCUGCGAGUACAGACAAGGAGCUCCCGACACUCCCAGGGCUCCCAGCCUGGCUUGGCCGACCAAGCCAAACUCUCCUUCGCCUCGGCCGAAUCCUUGGAAACCAUGUCGGAAGCGGAGCUGCCCCUGGGCUUUAAUAGGAUGAACCGGUUCCGGCAGAGCUUGCCCUUGUCCCGUUCCACCAGCCAGACCAAGCUGCGAUCGCCAGGGGUCCUCUUCCUGCAGUUUGGGGAUGAGACGAGGCGCGUCCACAUCACCCACGAGAUCAGCAGCAUGGACACCCUGCACGCCCUCAUUGUCCACAUGUUCCCUCAGAAGCUCACCAUGGGGAUGCUGAAGUCUCCCAACACUGCCAUCCUCAUCAAGGACGAGUCGCGCAAUGUCUUCUACGAGCUGGAGGAUGUCCGCGAUAUCCAGGACAGAAGUAUCAUUAAAAUCUACCGGAAAGAGCCUCUCUACGCCUCAUUCCCAGCCUCACACAUCACCAACGGUGACCUGAGGCGGGAGAUGGUGUACACCUCCAGGGAAUCUUCUCCUACCCGCCGGCUGAACAACAUAUCCCCGGCUUCCCACCUCACCUCCGGCUCCCCUCCGCCGGUGCUCCAGUCGUCCUCCCCGUCCCGUUCCCGCAUGUCCUACAGCGGGGGCCGCCCGCCCUCCUACGCCGGCAGCCCCGUCCACCACGGCGAACGUCUCUCCAACCUGCCGCCCGCCCAGGGCGUCUCGCCCAGCCCCAGCGCCAUCCUGGAGCGCCGGGACGUGAAGCCGGAUGAGGACCUGGCCGGGAAGAACGUGGUGCUGGUGAAGAACGAGGGGCUCUACGCCGAUCCCUACGGCAUGGUGCACGAGGGCCGGCUCAGCAUCACCUCCACCCAGUCCCUGGCUGGCAUGGGAGACCCUUUUGGCUACUCGGGGGGGCUGUACAAGCGGGGCUCCGUUCGCUCUCUCAGCACCUACUCGGCGGCCGCCUUGCAGACGGAGCUGGAGGACAGCCUGUACAAGCCCAACGCGCCCAUUUACAGCGACACCUACGGACCCGGCUUGGGUUUCCGCAUGCCCCCCUCCUCCCCACAGAAGAUGGCUGAUGGCCGGCUGGUGGAUGUGCAGCCAGGGCAAAGCCCCCACAGCCCUUACUCGGGACCCCCCAGCCGCUCCUCGCCCGUCCGUCAGUCCUUCCGCAAGGACUCCUGCUCCUCCGUCUUCAUGGAAAGCCCCGUCAACAAGCCACGCAACCCCAGCUCCUCUGGCCCUCCGGAGCUGUUUCCCGGUCCCAGCGAUCGCCCGCUCUCGGGGUUCGGCUCCCCUGGACCGGCCAAAGACACAGAAACAAGGGAGCGGAUGGAGGCGAUGGAGAAGCAGAUCGCCAGCCUGACGGGGCUGGUGCAGAGUGCCCUGCUCCGCGGCUCCGAGGCCGAGACCCCCAGCGAGAAGACAGAAGCCACCAACGGCGGGACCCCCCCAUCAGCGUCAGCCUCUGCCCUCCCCGCAGCGACCAGCCGCAGUGGCAUGGGGACACCGGUGCCCGCGCCCCCGCCGCCCUCCGCCACCAGCACGCCGGCGGGGCAGCCCACUGCCAUCACCCGCUUGCACAUGCAGCUGCACCUCCACGACCUGCAGCAGAACGCCAGCGACCUCCGCAACCAGCUGCAGCAGCUCAAGAAGCUGCAGCUGCAGAACCAAGAGACGGUGAAGACGAUGCUGCGGCGGACAGAGACGGAGAUCAGUGUGCGGGUGACGGACACCGUGCGCAAGCACGAGGAUCCCCUGCAGCGCCAGCGGAGCUUGGUGGAGGAGGAGCGGCUCCGCUACCUCAAUGAGGAGGAGCUGAUCACCCAGCAGCUCAAUGACCUGGAGAAGUCGGUGGAGAAGAUCCAGAAGGAUUUGGCCCACAACCACCGGCUCAUCCCCGUGCAGGAGCUGGAGGAGAAGGCAGUGGUGCUCAAGCAGCUGGGGGAGACGCUGACGGACCUCAAGGCCCAGUUCCCCAGCCUGCAGAGCAAGAUGCGGGUGGUGCUGCGGGUGGAGGUGGAAGCUGUCAAGUUCCUCAAGGAGGAGCCGAAUCGCCUCGAUGGUUUGCUCAAGCGCUGCAAGACGGUGACGGACACCCUCGCCCAGAUCCGCAGGCAAGUGGACGAGGGCGUCUGGACCUCCCCCAGCAACCUCAGCCAGUCCCCCAAGAAGGAGACAGACUUCAGCAAAGGGCUGGAUUUGGAGGGGCCCAGCAGCCCCCCAGUGAACCUCCACCACCUGGCGGCUGUCACCGAGACCUUGGGCAUGCCCAGCUUUGGGCACAGCCCCCCCCAAACCCAGACCCACCCCUCCAAGAGCAAUAACCCUUCCCGAGCUCCGGAGAUGGUUCCUGCCAAGACCCAGACGGGCCCGGAGACCCCCAGCAAGAAGAGCGCAGACAAAGCCGUAUCCGUGGAGGCUGCCGAGCGGGACUGGGAGGAGAAACGGGCAGCGCUGACCCAGUACAGUGCCAAGGACAUCAACCGGCUCCUGGAGGAGACGCAAGCCGAGCUGAUGAAGGCCAUCCCCGACCUGGAGUUCGCCGCCAAGCACAAACAAGCCCCGGGCAGCGGCAGCGCUGCCUCCACGCCCGAGCACAAACCCUCCAAGCCACAGCACGCACCCAAAUCGGGGGGCAAAGGGGACCCCAACGGCCGCAGGGGCUCAGACGAACUGACGGUGCCGCGGUACCGGACCGAGAAACCUUCCAAAUCGCCGCCACCUCCCCCUCCGCGCCGGAGCUUCCCCUCGUCCCACGGGCUGACCACAACCCGCAGCGGGGAAGUCAUCGUCACCAGCAAGAAGGAGCCCAGUUUUAUGAAGAAGGCCGAGUCGGAGGAGCUGGAGACCCAGAAGCCCCAGGUGAAGCUGAGACGGACGGUGUCGGAGGUGGUCAGGCCGGCGUCCACCCCUCCCAUCAUCGCCUCUGCCAUCAAAGACGACGACGACGAGGACCGCAUCAUUGCGGAGCUGGAGGUGUUUCAGAGAAGCUCUGCCUCCCCUUUCCUUCCCAAGCUCCGUUACGACCCGCUCGCGGCUGCCGUCUCCCCUGGGCACGCAGACUUGUGGCCCAACGGAGCCUCCGUGGCAGCCGAAGGAUGGAAGGAGCCGCUGGCCCUGGCAGCCCCGGGGAGCAGGGCUUUCUCCCUCCCGCAGAUUGUUCUCACCGAGUGGGUGUCUGAACCGCCGUCCCCCGAAGCCGAACCGGAGGUGUGGGUGGAAACGGGCUGCUCGGAGCACGGGGACCCGGCCGGCAGCGGAGGAGCAGGAGGGGAGCUUGCACCCAAGGGGGAAAGGAAAUGCUGUGUGUCUCCUGGCAUCUCGGAAAAGUCUCUGUCUGCACCUGGGUACCCUCCAGCCUCAGCCCCGCAGCCCCCGAGCCACCCAUCUUGGGGCUGUGCUCAUGCAACAGGAGAGACCUGGAGGUUCCCUCUAGCAGCCAGCAAGGUCCCGUCUCUCUCAAAGCAUAAACCGAGCUGUCCCGCAGCGGGAAGAGGAGGGGAUGCUGCUCUGAACGCUGCCGGUGGGCAAGAAGGCAGCAGCAAGGCUUCUCACCAAGGUCCCUUGGCUGCACAACCUCCUCGUCCCUGGGGGGAAGCCACAGGUCCCGGAGCUGGAGCGCCGCUGCUCCUCUCUGUCAGUGCAGGCAACAGAGGGCCCGGCGCCGUCCCCCAGCUUCCCGGUGAUGGGGACCCCCAAUUUGGAGCCAGGCAGAGCGCGUGGGAGGCAUCGCUCUCUCCUGGAGACUCCGCCGGGGCUUGCAAACAAGCGCAGAGGGAGCACAGCCCGCCAGCCCCAGCCUGCCCAGUGCCAAAUCCCAGAGCUUUCCCGGGGAAGGAUCCAGCCCCGUGGGGAAGCGGGCAGUCCCAGGCUGAGCAUCCCCAGGGCGCUGCUUUUUCGAGGCCGUGCCAUUGCGCAGCGUCGCUGGGACAGGGCGGCGUGGCGCCGGCUGCCGGGGGGGACGCCGGCGUGGGGGGGAAGGCAGCGGGGGGGCUCUGCAAAGAGCAGUUGUCCCCUCACCACUCCAUGACUCCGCGCAGCAAGGAGAUUUAUGAAGGCACGUACCAGAGACUGGAUAGCCUGGAGGAAACUAUCCGUGAGCUGGAAAUAACCAUCAGUGAGAUCAGCAGCCAUCCCUCCGUUGAAUUUGUAUUCCCUAAAGAACUGCUAGGACAAGUGGGAUCCAAGGAUGCCGGCGAGGAGAGCAAGGAAGCUCUGGGGGACCUCAAACACAGUAGCUGUGAUGAUGGGACUGCCCUGGACCUCAGUCAGGCCAGAGUUGAUGCUCCCGAGAGUCCACCUCCAAGCAAGACCAGGCCACCUCUGCUACCCAAGCCGCAGCUCCCCCUCGACACACCGCAGAGCGGUGGCGUUUCCAUCCCGGCCAUGAAGGUGGUGAACCCGGCGUCCCGGCUGAAGCAGAGCCAGCAAGGCAGCCCCGACAAAAGCAAGCACAUAAAGCAGCGGAUGGAGUACAUGCGGAUCCAGGGCCAGCAGCAGAGCUCUCAGAGCUUCACUCCACCAGUUUCACCAGCUUCAAGCAAGGAGGACGCCGGGCAGCGCCCGACCCCGCUGCCCGCGCGGGCAGCACCCCUCCCACCGCGGAAAGGUGGGAAACAACGGCUGCCGAAGACCCCCCCGACCCCCCCCGACCCGACCGCUCGCCCCCCGCCAUCACCGAGCAUCCCGGCAGCCGCCACGCCGACCCAGGAGAGGAUGCUCGGCGCUCCGGCCAGGUCUCGGCGGGGGGUGGCGGGUGACACCGUGGCCGGGCUGUGUCCUUCGCUGGCCGAGGGCUCGGUGCCGGCCCGAGGGGGGGUCGCUGCCACCGGCCACCCCCAAACCGCCAGCCCCGGCUCUCUGUGGGGACAGGGGCCGGUGCGAGCGCUGGGGAGGGGGCAGCCCGCAGCGAUGCCGCGGGGUGCCCGGGUGUGCCGGAGGGGCCGAAAGCUGAAGAUGUAAAAUGGUGGCGGGGGGUUCGGGGGGGGGGGGGGGGUGUGAAAUUGUUGGGGGGGGGGGGGCAGAAAUGGGUCGAGUCGGGCUGCCCGUCGCCCUCGGCUCGGCACGUAGCACUUUAAAUGGGCACCUGGGUGGGCGCGGUGACCGGGGCAGAGGGGUGCUGUGACGCUUUUGGGGGGGGGGGGGGGGGGGGGUGCUCCGACCGCACGGGGACACGCUGCCGGACCUCCGUCCCCUUGCUGAGCACCAAACGCCCUUGGGGAACAAGCAGGCAGGAUAGGUCCCCGGAGUCCCCUGCUCUGGCAGAGAUGCCCGAUGGGGACCCCCGGGGGAGCAGCCCCAGCCUGGGGGAAUUUGGGGGGGGGGUGGGGGGUCCCCCCGGGGUGUGUGGCCGCCCCGCCGGGGGUGCGCAGGGUGUGCGUGUGUGCGUGUGCGCUGCGUGCGCCUGAUCCCGACGCUGCCGCGAGCGCAGCCCAGCCGCAGUGCAACACGAGAUCAAAUCACUCCUUUCGUUGGCUAGUUCGUCCUUGGGUUGGGUUUUUUUUUUAAUUAUUAUUAUUAUUAAUUUUUUUUUUUUCUUCUUCUUCUUUUCCCCCCCCUCUCUUUUUUGUAUAUCAAUCAUUUUUGUACAGAAGAACGAGCCUUUUUUGAAUAACAAAGAGAAAAAAAAAAAACAAAAAAAAAAAAAAAACCAAACCAACAAAAAAAAUCAUGAUGCAAUUUCUUUGGAUUGCAAAAAGCAACUCUUUACAUUUAAGUGAAGUGUCUUAACAUUUUAUAUUGUUUUAAAAAAUAUAUUUACAUAUUAUAUAUAUAUAAUAUACGUAAUAUAAAUAUAUAUAUAUAAAUAUUUAAAAAGAAAAGAAAAGAAAUAAAUCUCUUCACGUCUGGUAUAUUAGGGGGUGGAUUUUCUUCCCUGGUUAGACUAUAGCUCCUUGUGAUUUGGAGAGGGUCGGUUCCUCGCGGCUUGUUAGCCCCCCCCUGUGCUGCGUUCGCAUCCUCCGUCCAGCACCUUCCUCGUCCCGUCCCGGUCCCCGUCCCUCGCAGAGCCGGGGGUGGAGGGGGCCGGGUGCCCCCGGGGGACACUGACUCCCAUGGGUGACGGCCCCGGGGGUGCUGCAGCACCCCCACCCCCCCCACCCCCCCCCAGCAGCAAUAGCAGUCACUUGAUGCGUUUUAGUUCCGUUUUCAUUCUUUUUCUUGGUACCAAAGUGAAACACUGUAGCAAAGCCGCAGCUUCUAAUAGCUGGGAUGGGGGGGGGGGUCCCCCCUCUCCCCCAGCCCUGUACACCCCCCCCCCCCCCCGUCCUCCCCAGCCCUCCCAACCCGCACCCAUCCCUGGGACCCUCUGUCCCACCAGCACCCAUGGAGGGGGACCUGCAGACAGCUCCCCCCCCCCCCCUCCACCUUGCUGUCCUGGGGGUGUGAGGGUGACAAGUGCCACCAGCCCCCCCCCCUCGCCCCCCCUUGGGGACACGGACACGCGGGUGCAAAGGGGUUGGUGGGCUGUAGUUAGUGCAGCCCCACCCCGGUGGCACCCAUGGGUGUGCUGGGGCACCCAUCCCGCUGGGAGCAAGCUCUGUUUUUUGGGGGGGGGGGGGGCUGUGUUCCAUUCACUUUGCUGCACCCCGGCUUUGGCACGGGUGCUGGAAGCCCCCCCUCAGGCAUUGCUGGUGGGUGCCACGCUGUGGGGACACCCCCCCCCCCCACCCCCCCCCGCCUCCAGAGCAGGAGGGUGGUGAUGGGGGGGGGGGGGCACAGUGCUGGGUGAGGGGGUGCACGGUGCUGGCUUGCACCCAUUUCUUCCCCCCCCCCCCCCCCCCCCCUCCGCCCAUCAGGCUGGUUUCUCCGUGAGCGUGUGUCUGCGUGGGUGUGCGUCCGUCCUUUCAUGGCAUCAUGCAAAACCAUCCGUGAGCACCGACCCCGGUGCCUUCGCUGAAGCAAGAGGACAGGAAUAAAA